AUGCCUAUCCCAAGAACGACGUCCCAAUGGGUCUACGACCAAUCCACCGGCCUAGAGCUGGAAGAACGAGUACCAAUUCCAGAUUUGAAAGAGGGCGACUGCCUGCUCCAAAUCCACGCCGUAUCCCUCAACUACGGAGAGAUCGCCCGCAUGAAAGGCAAAUAUCCACAGGAGGGCCCCCAGCGCCGAGUAGCAGGUGGUGACGGAGUGGCCACCGUCAUUGCUACCGGGUCAGGAGUCACGGAGUUCCAGGCAGGUGACUGCGUGUGCCCGAUCUGGCAACAGACCUACCAAACAGGUCCAUUGACUCCCGAGAUUGAGAACACGGCGCUCGGUUUGACGAUUGAUGGGACUUUGCGUGAGUAUGCUGUUUUGGCGGCAUCGGGGCUGGUAAAGGCCCCGACCCAUUUGACUCAUCGAGAGGCGGCAACUUUGACUUGCGCAGCGGUUACUGCGUGGAACGGCCUGUGUGGGUUGUCAGAUCGCAGACUCAAGGCUGGGGACUGGGUGUUGACCCAGGGUACCGGCGCGGUAAGCCUAGCUGCGGUCCAAUUUGCAGUGGCGGCUGGAGCUCACGUCGUGGUCACGACAUCAACGACGGAGAAGGCGAAGUUCUUGAAGUCACUUGGGGUGGAGCAUGUCUUGAACUACAGGGAGAAUCCGAGUUGGGGUGAGUCUGCGAAGGCCUUGACGCCUGGUGGCAGAGGGUUUCACCACAUCAUCGAGCUUGGGGGUCAACGUUCACUACGGGAAAGCCUCCAGGCUAUCCGAUUCGAAGGUGUUGUGAGUCUCAUUGGGCUCAUGGAGGAGUUGGAGACCAUUCAGAAUACCCCGGGCAUCACCUUCCCGGAAUUGUUCCUCAGAUACGCCACUGUUCGAAGUCUUCAUGUGGGAUCUCGGCAACAGUUCCAGGAGAUGGUCGACUUCAUGGAGCAGCACGCCAUUAGACCCGUUGUCAACGAAGAGGAAUUCAAGUUCGAAGACUGUAUUCAGGCGUAUGAGAAAGUAUGGGAAGGUGGUCAUACUGGCAAAAUUGUGGUUAAUGUAUCUAGUGCUUAG